AUGGCACAAACUACUUUACUCCAUCGAGCUAAUGACAACAAUGCUGCUCAUGAAAUAACAGUGUUAAAACCAAGGCAUGGUGCUACACAUUUCGCUAAUAUAUCUUUUGGUAACCAUAUACUAGGCAUUACUAUAGUGUACAUUGCAUUUCUGUUAUUAUUAAGAACUUUUUUUACCAGAUCCAAUAAAUCCAAUUUCACCCCAUCUAAAAGAUUAGGAUCCAACUUGUACUACAAUUUAUAUCACUUAAACCCCAAGGUUCAUUUCCCAAUUAUUUUGUUGCUUACAUUAUUUGCAUUUCAAAGCCACUUUAAAGAAUAUUUUAUUAACCAUUACACGGUAAGUUUUAAAAGGUAUGGAAGAUUUAGUUAUGCCCUAACUUUUUUGAAUUUCUAUUUGGUAAUUCCUCGUGGGUAUGGCACUGUGUUUUAUUCAUAUCUAGAGUCAAUUAGUUUACACAAGUGGAUUUCCAGAUUUAUGAUUGUGUUAUCUUUUAUCCAUUCAAUUUUAUUCUUGAUUAAGUGGUCCUCUGACAAAGUUUUAGCAAAUAAGUUACUAGGAAACAAAAAAAAUUUUGCCGGAUUAAUAUUAUUUAUUAUGUUAAUAAAACUGUUUAUCUUCUCAUUGAAACCAUUUAGAACUAAAUUCUAUGGUAUAUUUUACACGUACCACCAUAUAACCAUGUGGGUUUUCACCAUACUUACUGUGUAUCAUGCUAGACCUAGUGUGCUUACGCCCUUUUUUAUAAUCAAUGUUUUAUUUUUGAUUGUCCACUUGCUUAACUACACCAUUCACGCUACUUCUGUUGAAUUGCUUUCUAAGCGUGAUGACUAUGCCCAUACAAAUAUGAUUGUCGUUAAACUACCAACACAUAAAUUAACUGGAGGUGAAGUUAAUGUCACUUCUACUGGUAAUUCUAUUCCUAGUGUUGCUUCCAACACUGAGACGGGAAGAACUUCCAAUGUUGAUACCAAUAUUGCUACUAAAAAAUUUGAGUUUACUGAUAUAUUACCUGGUUCUCAUAUUAGGCUUAAUUUAUAUAGAAAACUGAACCCAUUAUAUUGGUUAACACCUUCCCACCCGUAUAGUAUAGCCGAUUGCGACAUGGAUGAAUUUAGCUUGAUAAUUAGGGAAAAUCCACGUAGGUUUAAAUUUAAUUUGGGUGACAAAUUCACUUUGUGCAAUUUGUACCCUCCAUGUACUGACAUCAAAGAAUUGAUUACAAAUGGUGACAAGAUAUGUUUGGUUGCUGGAGGUAGUGGGAUCUCUUUUAUUUUAUCUAUUUUUAAUUAUUUGGUGUUAAAUAAAAUAUCUACUGGAGAUGUAAAAUAUUUAAAGCUGAUUUGGAUUGUAAGAGACAUUUAUGACUUGCACAUUUUAAAGCAUGUUAAAUUUCACUCAGACAAGAUUUUACCAGGAAAUAAUAAUUCAGUAGAUAUUUACAUUACGAAUAGUACAAUAAACAACGACAGUGGCACUGCCAGUAGUGACAGUUCAUUGUCAGAUGAUUCUGCUGCUUUUGAAUUGAGGACAAUGGGCGCUAACGAAGUUGAUAGUGGGCUUGAUGUUGAUGAUGAUUUGGGUUCUUUAGAAGAGGAGAUGGAUCAGGAAAUCAAUAGAUCAUAUAAUCCUUUGGGAUUAACAUUGGAAAAUGUUAGAUACCAUUAUGGCAAAAAACCCGAUAUUUUGACGGAUAUCAAGGAAGAUGGAUUAUUUGUACCACCAUCUGAAUUAUUACAAAAUAAUGGUACCGAUGGUACAAAUGAUGUCGAGGAUGGAAGCACAACUUCAAGUGGUGAAGUCAAUGAUAAUACCGCUACAAUGAACACUUGGUUAUGUUGUUGUGGCCCUCAAAGUUUAAUAGAUGAUGGGUUUGAAUUUGCAAGUAUCUACGGUGUUAAUUAUGCGUAUGAGAAGUAUCAAUUUUGA